AUGCCCCGCCGCAGCGCGACCUCGUCAGCGUCAGCCGACACAACUACCACCACCAAGCUCCCAGACAAGGUCCAAUGGCCAUCCACAUUCACAGACGGACUGCCACUCCCUAAAAUCGUCGUUUUCGACCUCGACUACACACUAUGGCCCUUCUGGGUGGACACGCAUGUCACAGCUCCGCUGAAGCCCGUAGAAGGAGGCCUGAAAGUAAAGGACAGAUAUGGCGAGGGCUUCGGAUUUUACAACGACGUGGGAGGCAUAUUAGCAGCUCUUAAAGACAAGAACAUCCUGAUCGGCGCAGCCUCGCGCACGAGUGCUCCCGAUCUCGGCCGCGAAAUGCUCAAGCUCCUUAAGAUACCCAGUCCCAACGGGUCGUCCUCGCGCGCAAUCGACUACUUCGAUCACAUGCAGAUAUAUCCCGGUAGCAAGACGACGCACUUUGAGAGGAUACACAGAGACAGUGGGAUCGAAUACGAGGAGAUGCUCUUCUUCGAUGAUGAGAGCAGGAAUAAGAACGUAGAGGCGCUUGGUGUAACUAUGCAACUUAUAAGAGAUGGUGUGACGAGAGACGAGAUCGACAGAGGUGUGCAAGCCUGGAGGAAGAGGAACGGCCGGACAAAGGCGCUAGAGGGAUGA